ACCAAUAAAUCGUCAAGUGGUCAAAUGCCUACACCUCCAUGGACGAUGACGAUUAGCGAUAAUGAAUCGGAUGAAUUGGAUUCGGAUCAGAGAAAAUUAAAAAAGAACACCACUCCUAAUGCGGACAACAAUCUACGUCCAUGUGUUGAUAAUUGGAAAAUACAAACAUUGUGCAAUGCGAAACCAUUAAAUGAAACCAAUAAAUCGUCAAGUGGUCAAAUGCCUACACCUCCAUGGACGAUGACGAUUAGCGAUAAUGAAUCGGAUGAAUUGGAUUCGGAUCAGAGAAAAUUAAAAAAGAACACCACUCCUAAUGCGGACAACAAUCUACGUCCAUGUGUUGAUAAUUGGAAAAUACAAACAUUGUGCAAUGCGAAACCAUUAAAUGAA